AUGUCUGGUGCUGGAGGUUGGAGGGAAGGCAGCAGGUACAGGACAGCUACUGCCUCCAAUACUCCAUCUUCCUCACAGGGUAAUCCCUGGAAUGGCAACAACAAAAUGGAGAAGGGUGAAAACACCCAGAGGCUGCCAUCAUCGGAAGAGGAACAAAGAGGCCAAGCAUCAGCCCACCAUCAACAGCAAGAUCAGUAUGUUGGCCCAUAUGUCUUGGUAACUCCAAAUGAAACCAGAAGAAAACAGUUGCUGCAAAUUGCUAAGAAAGAGCUCAAUGACCUGGAGCAAUGGAAGAAAGAACACAGGCCAGGGCCAAUUACGUUGGUGCCACAGAGACUGGGUGGAAACGAAUCAGAGGCUCAAGUACGACAAAACCAGCAAAUGAUUCUCAUGCAAUCUAAAUACCAGAAAAAGCACAAGAGAGAAGACUAUGUAAAAGCAAAAAAGGCAGCUGAAGAAGCUGAAAUCCUGAAAAAGAAAGCAAUUCAGAGAGAAAAGGCAGAGAGACUUGAAGUCAAGAAAAGACAAGAAGAAAUGCAAAGAAGAGAGAUGCUUCAUGAAGAUCAAAAGUACAAAACCAAUGAAUUACUGAACAGAUUGGACGUGGGUUUGCCAAAGAGUGAUUCCUAUCAGAUUGCUAAUCCUGGCCCAGAAUCUACAGCAUGGAAAAGAAGCCAUGCUUAUAAGCAAGCUCUUCGAGAGGAUGAAAACAGACGAUUAGAGGAAAUGAAGCAAGAACAACAGAGGAAGACUGAAUUAAUGGAAUUUAAACAAAAGCAGGAAGAGGAAACCAGGACAAGAGCACUUAAAAAUGAACAGAGGAGGGUAAAUAAUGCUUUCCUGGACCGACUCCAGAACAAAACACAGCUUAAUAACAUCUACCAACCUGGGUAUACUGGACUACCUCAAUGA